ACACCAGUGGGGACAGGGACGCGCUGGGCAGGGCAGGGCCCGCCUAGGAUGUGUGCUGCUACCCUGGGCGUCCGUCCCUGAUGCGUCACCAAAAGGACAAAUCAGUUCCAGCUGGGAUUUUUUCUUUUCUUUUCUGUCUUUUUGGAUGGGCAUGGUGGUCCUUUCUACUUAUUAUCCAUUUUGAGUGAAAAAGGAAGUGGCUUUAAGUUCCUCUAAUCCAGGCAGUCUCUGUUCAAAUUGCGGUUUCUGUCUUCUGGGAGUUUCUGAGCGUGGCCACAGCCUGCACGCAGGCGGCCGGCUCUCUCUACCAUCGGCUGCUUGAAGUAGCCCCUUCCUUACGCGCAGGUGCUGACACCCGCCAGGUGCCUCACAUAACCUCCCCGGCUCAGCCAGUUCUCCUUUGUCCAAUUUUACAAAUGGGAGAGCUGAGGUCCAGAGGUCGGCGAGUGCUGAGCUGCGUUGCCAAGUGCCGAGCUGGGGCUCGAGCCCGGGGCCGCCUGGUUCUGAAGCCCCUCUGCGUUCACUGCUCCCCGCUAGCCUGGUGGCGGCCCCAUUGGGGGAGCCCCGCGGUUGUGUGGCAGGCCCCCUGCUGCCGUGCUCUCUCUAGCGGGGUCGUGCGGCUCUGCAGCGCCAGGGUCCCGUCAGGUCUGCGGGGCAGGGAGGGGUCCGCCUGCUCUUGGCCGAUGGAGCGGAAGCUCCUGGUGGACAUCGCUGACCAUGAGAAAUAGCUUCGUGGUUCAGCUCUCUCCUUCCUGGGGACACCUGGGGAGGGGAGGGGGCUCGGGGGACAGGUUCCAAGUGGCAACACCUGUCUCACGUCCAGAUGUCACUGGCCACUCAGGCCACUUGGGUUCGGUCAGAGGAAGAUAGAAUCGCUUUAUCUGCCUGUUUCAGUUGGGUUUAUAGGAACAGGAAAACCCAGAAACUUGGCUGGCCCUGUGAGAUAGUGUUUUCAUUUUAAGGAUCAGUGUGGUUUAUGAAAACCUUUGGCCGGAGCUGGAGGCAUUCCUGGUAAUUAAUGUCUUAUUUGACUACUUAAUGAAUGUCUUAUUCCAACAUGUGUCUGCUCAGGCACACAUUUCUGUAUUUAGAUCAGAGCCGACAUUCACGUUAGUAACAGAAUCUCCCCGAGCCUCAGUUUCCCCGCCUGGGAGUGCGAUGCUGGAGCUGACGGGGGCGUUUUCCAGCUGCUCCCCGCAUCCUCAGAGGAGCCUCAGGGCACGGGGAGGGGCAGGAGGAAGGCUUGCUGAGGGGGGGGUUGGCCCCCGCCCCAUGUGCGACCAGGACCAAGUGUGAGGCCUGUGAUGGAGACACAAACUCAGCCUUGAUGGACACGCCCACUGAGGCACCUGGCCGCAGCGUGGUGGGGACAGAGCCAGCUGACUUUCUCAUGUGAGCACGACAGGGCGCCCCAUAUCUAACUAUUCCUGCGUCUUCACGUCUAGGUAUUAGAAAACUACAGGCUGCAAAGGCCUUUGCUGCUGAGCCACCAACCCCUCAAUUUAAAUGGGGAGUAGCAAAGCCAGCCCUAGUCAUUCACCACAGAACAGUGCGGACAUGCCGUUUGGCUUGAGACAGUGUAGAUGCACUAGUCACAAAACGGCCUUCCCGGAAUCCCAGAAGCACCGCCUGUCCCCAGGUGGAGGCCACAGGUCGCGAGCUCUUCCAGCAGGUGUGUGACAAGACCAGCAUCAGAGAAGCCCACUUCUUUGGCCUCAGCGUGGUCCGAAACAACGAGUAUAUGUUUAUGGACUUGGAGCAAAAGCUCGGCAAAUACUUCUCAAAGGACUGGAGGAGAGAGAUGCACCAAGGAACCGGCAGAUGCAGGGCCCCCUUCGUGACGUUUCUCAGGGUGCAGUACUACGUGGACAACGGGAGGGUUAUAAGUGACAGGACGGCCCGGCACCUGUACUACUGCCACCUGAAGGAGCAGGUGCUGAGGUCGCAGUGCGUCCACCGAGAGGAGGCCUACUUUCUGCUGGCCGCCUACGGGCUGCAGGCCGACCUGGGCAACCACCGCGAGCCGGCGCACGUGGGCCGGUACUUCGAGCCGCAGGCCUACUUCCCGCAGUGGGUCAUCACCAAGAGGGGCAGCGCCUACAUCCUCAGACACGCGCCCGCCGUGCACCGCGAGCAGCGGGGUCUCAGCCCCAAGGAGGCCGUGCUGCGCUUCAUCCGGGAGGCCUGCCGGCUGGAGGACGUGCCCGUCCACUUCUUCAGGCUGUACAAGGAUAAGAAGGAAGACAGAGCUACCAUUGUCCUGGGGCUGACGCUCAAAGGAAUGCACAUCUAUCAGGAGGUGAACCACAGCCCACAGCUGCUGUACGACUUCCCCUGGUCCCACAUUGGGAAGCUGGCGUUCCUGGGGAAGAAGUUCGAGAUUCGGCCGGAUGGGCUGCCGUCGGCCCGGAAGCUGGUGUUCUACACGGGCUGUGCCUCGAGCUCCCGCCACCUGCUGCAGCUGCUCCGCACCAGCCACCAGCUGCACCUCAGCCUGCGGCCCGCUCUGCGGAGGCUGCGGCAGCUGGAGGAAGAGCAAGAGAAGAAAUGCUACCGGGAGUCAUACAUCAGCGACGCGCUGGAGCUGGACCUACACCCAGCCAGCAGCGGGGAGAGCGGGGACAGUCGGGACCGUGGCUGGCGCCCUUCCCCCCGCCUCUCGCUCCUGUCGGCUGACAGCCGGGGCAGCUCCUCAGGCAUGGAGCCUGGGGAGAUGUCGGUGGACGGGUCCUGGGGAACCGAGGCACUCCAUGGGGAGGCGCCGUCCCACAGCUUCAGCCAAAGCCCGAGCAGCGGGGACACAGACGGUGGCAGCAGAGGCGGGCGGGAGAGGGACACGUGGGACCCGGACCCAGAGAAGGGCUCUCGCCCCCGGGAGCCCUUGGCCGUGGUGCGGAUCACACUGGUCAGGAUGAGGGGCCGGAGUGCCGAGGCCCUGCCUCAGAUCCCUGAGGCGACUGCAGGCCACGUGGACCAGCACAGCCGCAGCCUGGAUGAUGUGCGUCCGCGACCCGCCCCACGCCCCGAGCCUUUCCCGCGCAGCUGCCCCCUCGGCUUUCAGCUGGACCCCAGGCCCGCGGUCCUCCGCGACAGGAGGUCCACAAACUGCCUCUCCCUGGACCUGCUUGGAAAGGACCAGCUCCCGGAGGAAUUUGUGGUGUAGGCCCUUGCGGCGCAGCUCCGUCCACGCUGCAUGACUCGGACCAGGCCGUGUGGCUCCGUUCACGAGGGGCUUGGUCCAUGGUGUACAGCUCCACCCACACAGCGCUCCAUCCCCGCUGCAGGCUCCGGCGCAUGCGGGGUCCACGCUGCAGGCUCCGCCCACACAGCACUCCAUCCAUGGUUCAGUCUCUGUCCGUGUGGGACUCCAUUCACACUGCAGGCACCAUCCACGCAGGCUGUCUCCACGCGGGGCUCGGUCCACGGUGCACAGCUCUGCCCUCAUAAGACUCCAUGCUGCAGGCUCCGUCCACAUGCUCUGCUCCGUCCACGCUGCAGGCUCCAUCCACGCGGGCUGUCUCCACGCGGGGCUCGGCCCGCGGUGCAGGCUGCGUCCACAAGGGGAAUCUGUCUACGCUGCAGGCUCUGCCCACAUGGGACUCCGUCCACGCUGCAAGCUCAGUGAAUGCGGGCUCAGUCCGCGCUCUUCAGGCUCGGUGCACGCGGGACUGCCCACACUGCAGGCAGCCCGCGACACGCGGCUCAGUCCGCACAGCAGGGUUCCAUCCCUCAGCCCACGCGGUACGGCUCCGGGUCAGGACGGCCUCUGACCCUCUCUCUGCCCUGGAGGUGCCCGCCGUGACCGGGCACCUGGCUGACCCAAGCUUCAGGCGCCACCCCGCCUGCCCAGGCCCCGCUCCUGUGUCUCCUGUCGGAGGCGUGGAGGCGGCUCUGACGUCAGGUCUGGAGAGAAAGUGGAGGCGCGUGUCUCCGAGGGACCGCAGCGGCCUGAGCGCCUCCGCCCGGCUGUCCAGGACCAGUGGCCGGGCGGAGGGCCUCGAGCCUGGGAGGGACCCCGGGGUUCUCUCUGCCGCGGACUUUCCCUGGAUGGCUGACCAGGUGCACAGGCCUUCCGGGAGUCCUGGAGCCUAAGGUCAUGGUCAUGCCUGGCCCCAGGCUCGCCCUAGACCGCCGUGCAGUUCCUGCUGCUCGCAGCCCUGGGCAGAGGCUCCUCUGUGAGGUGUGGGCCCGGCUCUGUCACCCAGGUCCCUCUGGCGGACUCCCCACUGUCCGCCACCCACAGAAGAGCACACCACACAGCUGUGUGGGCACCCGGCCCCCACGGGGCUCAUCAGAUCCGGCGGCAGGGAGCCCCAGCGGCAGCCGAGGGGUCUCCUGCAUACGCCCGGCUCUCGGUGAGACACACAAGAAGCCUGCACGGAGCUGGCGUCUCUCUCUCCUUCCGAGCACAAUGAGGGGUGACACGUGUCGCUUCCCUCACCUCCCCCCGGCCCCCAGAGAUGCACCCAAUCCCGAGGGCUGCAAGCUGUCGGCAGCAUGGGCUUUUGGGCUCUCAGCCUGGGUCAGCACUGGUCACCCUUUAAGGGUCACUGCCACUGGCCACCCCUGCCCUCCAUCAGAAGAUUGGCAGGAGGUGGGGGCAGAUAUGGGGUUGCACCUGCCCCCUCCCUGCGGGGCAGGAGAGGUGCUCUCCCCGAUGCCGGCCUCCAGUGGGCUUCAUGGCCUGUAGCAGGCUCCGUUUUACAGUCCAUGCUGAUAAGACUCCUGGAGGGCGUCUUGGAGGAGCUGUUGGCUUUCACUCGGGGCCCUGCCCGCGGUGCACGGAGACCCUAGUGAGCAGAACAGAGUGACAGCAGGCGUGGCUCCAGGCUCAGCGCCUGCACAGGUGGACAUUGGACCACACGGUCAGGAGCAGUGUCUGCAGCCCGGGAGGCCUGGCCGUAGUGAACGGCUGUUUCCCGUCAGCCAGGCCGCCAGCCAGGGCCGAGGCGUGCUGCCCUCCCGCCUCCAGGGCCCUGCUUGCAGAUGGCCUCCAGCCACCCUGAGCCAUCAGCCACCGCACAGUGUGGAGCUGCUGUGCUGUCAGCUGGUGGAGGGGGCCAGCUCAGUAGACAGGCAGUGUGUCCCCAGAUGGAAAGGCGGGCUGGUGCCACGUCCUUCCGGCCUCCUGACUGUAGGUAGGCCCCCCGCCUUCCUUCCAGAGGCUCUGGAUGGCCGGCGGGGGACCAGGUGGGACUGGAUGGUGACACACCUCCCAGCCUGAGGCUCGUCAGGGGCCCCAGGGUGUAGUGUGGCUGGAUUUCCCUGUGGGCUGCCCGGGUCCCACACACACCUGUGUCCUCUAGCACAUGAACUGACCUGUAUUUUGCUGUCACAUAGUCCCCAGUAUUCAGUGGGUCACCGAGCCCGUUCCCACACAGCAUUGUACCUGUGACAUCAGCGUCCCCUCCCUGUUCUGCCCAUGCUGUGAAGCCUGCGUGGCCCCGUCCAUCCUCACUCAUGUUGGAAAUGGAGGGCAGAGCUUGAGCCCGCAGUGGAGGGUUUUAGGGGUGUUGCAAUUAGGCUGAUGGUCCUAGGGCCAGUCCCUUGUCUUUUCUGUGACAGGAAACCCUGUGUGCCUCCCGGGAUGUGUGAUAAAGACUCUGCGCUGGGCGGGCGGGGGCCGGGCGGUGCGGCCGCCCACUGAGGCUUCCCCCAUGAACCACCGUGGUGUCCUAGUGCUAUGUGGACAGAGGGACCUGGGGGAGACCAGCCCAUGCCCCGGGAGCUCAUAGUCAUCUGAUUCGUGGCCAGAAGCCCACCUCCCUCUGUGGCCGGGAGUUGCCAGGGCAGUGCCACCCUGAGGAGGGCCAAGCAGGGGCGACCAGGGCUCGAGGUGGCCUCUCGUGCCCGGUCUUUCCCUCAUUAAAGCGAUGUCAUUGAGGCGGGUCAUGUGCUGGCUCUGGGCAGGUGGCAGGGGGCACGGAGCUUGGUGCGGGCCUGUCCGUGGUGGUGGGGAGGGUUUCCUGGGCUGUCCAUCAGCUGCCGGUGCAGGAGGUGCCCACAUGCCUGGUGGGGCUGCCCCAGGCCGGGGAUGUCAAGGGCGCUAAGCCUGCAGCCACGGAGCAGGAGGGUGAGGGCACGCGGCCGCCUGUCAGGGCCCUGCAGGGUGAGGGGGUGUCCACCGCUGUGCGAGCCCCAAGCUCCUGCUCUCCCAUGAUUUUUCAAAGCCAUACUAUGACCAGUCCCCAUAGUAAAAAAAAAAAUGGGGCCCUGAUGUAAAGUCUGUGACCCUCUUUUGCCUUUAAAUAAACUUUUGGGCACAAGAGGCCCUCCCCUCA